AUGGUUAGUUUUCAUUUCACGAUUGAGGUCAAACUGGUCAAACAAGAAGGCAUGCUGGGCAAUAUUAACUCUCGUGCUAGCGAUGGAGCAACAGCUCUGUAUGAAGCAUCCAAGAAUGGUCAUGAAGAGGUGGUGAAGCUGCUUCUGUCUCAGGGAGCAGAUGUGAACAAAACAACUAAAGCAGGACUAACCCCUCUCCACAUUGCUUCAAAGAAUGGGCAUGCUAGACUUGUGUCCUUACUGAUUCCACUCACAGACAGAGAAGUUGUGCAGCGGAGCUACAUCAGUCCGCUCCACCUGGCAGCAGAGCAUGAUAGAGAUGAGACCUUGGAGAUUCUCAUUCAGGCCGGCUUUGACGUCAACACCCUGCUGUUGCCCGACCACUCCCAGAAGUAUGACGACCGGUGCUGCACGGCCCUCCACUUCACUGUCCGCAGCAGCAACAUAGAUGCAGCCUCCAUGCUGCUGGAGGCUGGUGCUGACCCUAAUGUGGACGCUUUCAACCCCCUUCUGGUAGCCGUGAGACACGGAAAUGCACCGAUGGUUGCUUUGCUGUUGGAGUAUGGUGCCGAUGUGAAUGCCUGCAUGCCAACACACCCCACCACCUUCCCAGGGGCUUUCCUCUUCUGUUUGAAGCAAACGGCCAUGUUCAAGCUCCUGCUGGACAAUGGAUGUGAUGCCAAAGCCUGUUUUUCUUGUGUUCAUGGAAACAACCCACAUCCUCCAAUCAAGAGAAGGAAUCCUACCAGGGAUGGCCUGCUGGAGCUGGAUGAUUGGUCUGAUGAGGCUCGUCAGAGCACAGCUGCACAGUUCUGUGACAUAAUGGCCGAUCCCCUUCACUCCUAUUGGACUGGACCUAUAAUUGACCGUCUCCUAGAUUACACUGGUCCUGUAAAACUGUGUUCCAGAAUCACAGAACUUCUUGAGAGCAACCAGGACUGGGUGCACAUCAAAGAAAAGUCAAAGCCAUCCCUCUGUUUGAUGCAUCUGUGCCGACUGAGGAUCCGCCAGCAGGUGCACCACCAGAGACUGAAGAGGAUGACCACUCUGCCUCUGCCGCGCCCCUCAUCAACAUACAUGGAGGAACUGUUGGGCUAA